ACCAGGCUGUCAGAGACACGACACCUCACGUCCGCUGCCACCUCUCUCCUUCGCCGGUCGCCGCUCCAGCUGAACUUGAAGGAGACCGACGGAUCGAUGGCGGCCGCCGCGGCGGUAUACAGGCGGGUGCUGAAGGCGGUGCAGAAGCACGUCGGCGGGGGCGCCACCAAGCAGCAUUUCCGCGACUUCGUGGCGGCCGAGUUCCGCGCCCCCGUCGGCUCGAAGGCCGACGCUAGGGCCAGGCUGCGGCUCGCCGGAGAUUACGCCUACCUCCUUACCAGCGUCCAGCACCACAAGGACCUGCUGUUGUCGUACAAUAUAGCUGUGGACCGAUCCGACGAAAUGAAGAAGAUAUUGAACAAAUCCGCUGCCAGUGUAGGCCUCCAGCUCCCUGAUGUCUACCAGCCAUGAGGGCUUCUUUUCCUCACGUAUGUGUGAUCCAUGAUACUGCCAUUUAGCUAUGGAAUUUCAUUUUGUGUCCUACAUUCCAUUUUCCUUGUUUCCAAUUCUACUCUUCUUUCAGUAACGAGAAAUGUCAUUGGUUUAUUAAUGAUGUCAUUCAACAAUGUAUGGAUUCUUUCUACUGAAGUCAAUUGCCAAUUUGCUGUAA